CUGCGGCCUCUCUCCUCCUGGGAUGGCUGCCCUGAUUGUAAACAAGCCUGGAGCGGGACUAGACAGUGGCCGGCAGGGCAGCCGGGGGACAGCUAUGGUGAAGGUGCUUGAAUGUGGGGUGUGUGAAGAUGUGUUUUCUUUGCAAGGAGACAAAGUACCUCGUCUUCUGCUUUGUGGCCACACAGUCUGUCACGACUGCCUUACCCGCCUACCUCUUCAUGGAAGAGCCAUUCGUUGCCCAUUUGACCGUCAAGUGACAGACCUAGGAGAUUCAGGUGUCUGGGGAUUGAAAAAAAAUUUUGCUUUACUGGAGCUUUUAGAACGACUGCAGAAUGGACAGAUUGGUCAGUAUGGAGCUGCAGAAGAAGCCAUUGGGAUUUCUGGAGAGAGCAUCAUACGUUGUGAUGAAGAUGAAGCUCAUGUUGCAUCUGUGUAUUGCACUGUGUGUGCAACUCACUUGUGCUCAGAGUGUUCCCAAAUUACUCACUCUACAAAGACAUUAGCAAAGCACAAGCGUGUGCCUCUAGCUGAUAAGCCUCACGAGAAAACCAUGUGCUCUCAGCACCAAGUGCAUGCCAUUGAAUUUGUUUGCCUGGAAGAUGGUUGUCAAGCUAGCCCACUUAUGUGUUGUGUCUGCAAAGAAUACGGAAAACACCAAGGUCACAAGCAUUCAGUAUUGGAACCAGAAGCUAAUCAGAUCAGAGCAUCAAUUUUAGAUAUGGCUCACUGCAUACGGACCUUUACAGAGGAAAUUUCAGAUUAUUCAAGAAAAUUGCUUGGAAUUGUUCAGCACAUUGAAGGAGGAGAACAAAUUGUGGAAGAUGGAAUUGGAAUGGCCCAUACUGAACAUGUACCGGGUACUGCAGAGAAUGCUCGGUCAUGUGUCCGAGCUUAUUUUUCUGAUCUACAUGAAACUCUGUGUCGUCAAGAAGAAAUGGCUUUAAGUGUUGUUGAUGCCCAUGUUCGAGAAAAACUGAUUUGGCUCAGGCAGCAACAAGAAGACAUGACUAUUUUGUUAUCCCAGGUUUCAACAGCUUGUCUCCAUUGUGAAAAGACUUUACAGCAGGAUGAUUGUAGAGUUGUUUUGGCGAAACAAGAAAUUACAAGGUUAUUGGAAACAUUGCAGAAACAGCAGCAGCAAUUUACUGAGGUUGCAGAUCACAUUCAAUUGGAUGCCAGCAUCCCUGUCACUUUUACAAAGGACAAUCGAGUUCACAUUGGACCAAAAAUGGAAAUUCGAGUUGUCACAUUAGGGUUAGAUGGUGCUGGAAAAACUACUAUUUUGUUUAAGUUAAAACAAGAUGAAUUUAUGCAACCCAUUCCAACCAUUGGUUUUAACGUGGAAACUGUAGAAUACAAAAAUUUAAAAUUCACUAUUUGGGAUGUAGGUGGAAAACACAAAUUAAGACCACUGUGGAAACAUUAUUACCUCAAUACUCAAGCUGUUGUGUUUGUUGUUGAUAGCAGUCAUAGAGACAGAGUUAGUGAAGCACACAGUGAACUUGCAAAGCUAUUAACGGAAAAAGAACUUCGAGAUGCUUUGCUCCUGAUUUUUGCUAACAAACAGGAUGUUGCUGGAGCCCUUUCAGUAGAAGAAAUCACUGAACUUCUCAGUCUCCAUAAACUGUGCUGUGGCCGUAGUUGGUAUAUUCAGGGCUGUGAUGCUCGAAGUGGUAUGGGACUGUAUGAAGGGCUGGACUGGCUCUCAAGGCAACUUGUGGCUGCUGGGGUACUGGAUGUUGCCUGAGUUUAAUUGCAGCAGUUGUUAAAGUUUUGUGGUUAAGAAUUAUUUUGCACAUAUUAUGUUGUAUAAGAAAUUCUACAUCUCAAAGAUGGCAGUUCAGUUUAGGAUAUUUAUAUAAAUAGAAACUUGGAUUGAGAAUUUAGUACAAUAUUGCUUUUAAUAAUUAUUCUGCAGGGAAAUUUAUCAUUCUGACUAGAUUAGAUGAGAUUGAGUCAGGAUUUGUUGAAUUUCCUUUUUUAAAAAAAAUGGCAAGUUUGUUUUAAGAUUUUCAGAUUAAUUGCACCCCAAAUAUUGGGACAGAGGUAGUCACAGAUUAAGAGUGAGGGAGGUUUAUUCCAUGAAAAAAGAAUAGCCAAUGAGUGCCUGAUAAAACCUCUUUUUAGGGAGCA